UGCAGAGGACCAUUCAUCUACAAGCAAGACGCCGGUGUCACCAAAGCCUUCAGAAAUAUCCCAGGCAUCACUCUGCAGAACGUGAACAAACUGAGGCUUGCCCCUGGUGGUCACGUUGGACGCUUCUGCAUCUGGACUGAGAGUGCUUUCCGCAAGCUGGAUGAGCUGUACGACACCUGGCGUAAACCUGCUUCCCUGAAGAUCGGCUACAACCUGCCCAUGCACAAGAUGACCAACACAGACCUGAGCAGGAUUCUGAAGAGUGAGAUCCAGAAAGCACUUCGUACACCUACCAAGACCAUCAACCGCAGAGUACUGAAGAAGAAUCCUCUGAAGAACUUGAGGAUAAUGCUUAAACUGAACCCUUACGCCAAGACUGCAAGAUGUCUUGCCAUCCUCAAGCAUGACCCUGCGAUCAGAUGCUGAAGCCCAAGAAGAAGCCUGGAAAGAAGGAGCACCUGGCAAACCCAAGGCAUAAAACUCUAUACUUGCAGACAAGAGUUUAGAGAUAAAUAAAUCAUUUGUUUCAAAUAU